UGUUUAGUAGCCUACUUGGAUCUUUUUUUCUCUCUUUCAGCAUAAGACGGAAACAUGAUUAAGGUUUUGGCUGUUGUAAGUUUAACUGCAUUUCUCUGCUGCUACGGUGUGCAGAGUGCUGAACUAUCAUAUCGUGACUUAAGAGAACAAAUCCUCAACUCUGGGACUGUAGUCUUUUUAGACUUCCUGGACAAAGUCAGAAACGUUACAGAGAAAAUAGUGAGAGAUGAUCAGUUCAGGAAAUCUAGGAUCACUGUCCAAAGAUUGAUGAAAUCAUUAAGAGAGUUUGCAAAACCAAUGAAAAAUACAGAGAGUGCUAGCGGGAGCCAGGAUAAGUCAGAUGUGUUAACACAGAGACUUUUUCCGUUCAUGGCUGCUGGUACAUUUGCGGCAUCGAUCAAGGAGAUUUUUGACAAAAUGUUCUUUCCGUAUUUAAACAUCUACCGUCAGAGCUUCAAAAACGAGACGAUGGUGGAGAUCUGGAAAGAAGUGGAGUCAUACUAUUUUCCAGGAGCCCCUCCAAUCUACAGUAAACCCAUGGAGUUCUCCAGUUACCUUCUGGCCAAGGCGGUGGUGAGAUCCCGGCUGGUGAACAUGCUUGAAGCAGGGGUGGAUACUGUUUUGGACAUCGGAAAAAUAGAUUUUAACCAACUUCAUGAGGAAGUGCAGAUUGUUUUGGAUCAGAUUAGAAACAAAGCUUUUGAAAUGUCAGUUAUGGAAAGGCAAAAAGAGAAGAAUGAUUUCCUUAUAUCAUUAAGAACCGCAUCUGGACUGAUUGUUUUUUACUGGGAUGAAGUUUUGAAACACACUGAAAGUCCGUCGUUCCAUGCGAAAUACUUGGAUUCUAGGAAGCAAUGGGCAGAGCUGAUUGAGUUGAGAAACGCAAGUGAAAAGUAUCAUGUGCUUUUAGACCCGGAUACAAGGCAUGGUCUUUUGAAUUGGACUAAACUUCAUUUUGAUAAAUUCUUUGACGCCUUGGAACUGGAAUAUUACAGUCGUGGAAAUGAAGCUCUUGGUUUGGACAGAUUCAAUCAGUCUAACUGGGCUAUUGGCAAAAGCGCUGUUGUUUACUCUCUUCCUGUUUAUGAAAAACUUUCUGAAGUCGGCUUUGGGAUUACUGAGAUCAACAGGUUUCUGCAUAGAGUAAAUCACAUAACCCUUAUUCUUGAACGGAAUGAUAGAUCAAACAGACAGACGUUUUUGGAGGAAAUCAUUAGGUUAAUUUUGUAUCCGUUUAGUCGAAUUAUUGAACGGGAGAUAACCCGGAGCGAAGAUAAUCAACUAGUACUGCCUUUGCGCGUAAUUAGGAGACUGUUCCUCGUAUUUUGGGAUUUUUUUCUCUUCUUUGAAAAACGUUUUGAAAAUACCGCUACUGAACUCCAGCAAUCAGUGAAUGAAUGGAAUCAAGUGAAGAGCGUCGUCAUUAAUGAGCUGUUGACAAGUGAAGCAUUUACCCGAAAGCAGCUUGAAGAAGCACCAAAGAACUUUGUUCAAGCCAUUCAUCGAAUCCUAAAGAAACUGAAGCAGUAUACUGAUCUGGUUGAUGGCUUUGAUGAAAUGAUUGAUCGAACUGCUACGUAAGAUUUAUAAUUUCCAUACCAUAUUUGCAUUUGAACAGAAGCUAUAUAGAUAAAUAUACAUUCUUAUUCCA